GAGUGUGUGUGUGUGUGUUUAUGGGAAGAAGGGAGUAUGGAGGAGGAGGAGGAGGAAUGCCGGGAUGGCUGGGCGCUCUGGUGGAAGAGAGCUUCUUUGUGGGGUGCGGAAGCCACGAAAAGCGGAGGAAGAACGAGAAGAACAUCUUCUGUCUCGGGUGCUGCACCAGCAUCUGCCCCCACUGCGUGCCCGCCCACCCUUCACACCCUCUCCUCCAGGUGCGACGCUACGUAUACAACGAUGUGGUUCGACUGGAUGAUCUGGAGAAGCUCAUAGACUGCUCUUUUGUUCAGCCUUACACCAUAAACAGCGCCAAAGUGGUGUUUCUGAAGCCAAGGCCUCAAUCUAGGCCCUCCAAGGUCUCUGGCAACACUUGCUUGACCUGUGACAGAAUCCUCCAAGAGCCCUUCCACUUCUGCUCCCUCUCCUGCAAGGUGGAUCACGUUCUGCUGCAAGGGGAGGAUCUAUCGAGCAUAUUGUUCCGGUUCGAGGAGUCCGAGCUUGCCUUCUCUCACUUCGAGAAUCUCCGGAUGGACAAUUCCGAUCCCCUCGACGACGACGACGACGACGACGACGACGACGGUCAGAUCACAGGCAGCGCAGUCCUGGAACGGCCAAUGCAGAGCAAGGUCGGCUCACCGUCGGGCCAUGGAGGGAAGGGUAGCUCGGGAACAAAGAAGAACAAGAGUAAUGCUGGCUUCUUCCCGCAGAUAGUCCUGUCUUUGAACAACAGGAGGAAGGGCGCCCCUCACAGAUCACCUCUCUCCUAGUGUCGUCGUCCCGUGCUUUCUCGUCAUUACUAGAUCAUGUGCAGUAUGUUGCCGGUCUAUGGAGGAAGAUUGAGGAUUUCCAUUACUGACUAGGUGGACAUUGAUGCACCCAUGUUUGAGGUUCGCAGCGCCCACCAAUUUUGUACUGAUGCAAUGGAAUGCACAACUUCCGUAUCUAUCCCUGUAGCCUUCCAAUGUAACGAUGGGGAUUUAUUUCUAUGCUCACUGCUGUCA